UCACCCAGGUCUCCCUUUUCCGCGUAUACAAGAUGGCUUCCGAGAAGAAGGUGGCUGAGAACAUGCUCUGGGGCGGCCGUUUCACGCAGGGCCUCGACCCCGUCAUGGAGCAGUACAACGCCUCGCUGCCCUACGACCGCCUCUUCUACGCCGAAGACAUUGCUGGCUCAGUUGCUUUUGCGCGCGCCAACAAGAACAAUGGCAUCCUCACCGCCGACGAGUUCGCUGCCAUCGAGCAAGGACUGGCGCAGAUCAAGCAAGAGUGGGCGUCAAACACAUUCGAGGUCAAGGCAAACGACGAGGACAUCCACACGGCCAACGAACGGAGGCUGAGCGAGAUCAUCGGCAAAGACAUUGGCGGAAAGCUCCACACUGGCCGAAGCAGGAAUGAGCAAGUCGCAACCGACAUGCGCUUAUGGCUGCGCGAGCAGCUCAAGACACUCGAGGAAUAUCUCAAGCUCCUGAUCAAGACUUCGGUCCAGCGCGCAGAGGCCGAGAUUGACGUGCUCAUGCCCGGCUACACCCAUCUCCAGAAAGCCCAGCCCGUGCGCUGGUCGCACUGGAUUCUUUCGCACGCAACCGCUUUUGCAUCUGAACUGGAGCGUCUGCGUGAGGUGAUCAAGCGCGUCAACCGAUCCCCGCUCGGCUGCGGUGCGCUUGCGGGCAACCCGUUCAACAUCGACCGCGUGGCCAUGGCCCAGGAACUCGGUUUCGAAGGCCUCCUUCCCAAUUCUUUGAACGCUGUCGGAGAUCGCGACUUCGUCUUCGAGACUCUGCAGUGGGGAUCCAGCUUCAUGCUGAAGAUGUCUCGCUGGGCAGAGGACUUGAUCAUCUACUCGAGUCUGGAGUUUGGCUUUGUGCGGCUAGCUGACGCGUACUCGACCGGCAGCUCGUUGAUGCCCCAGAAGAAGAACGCAGAUUCGCUCGAAUUGAUCCGUGGUAAGAGCGGUCGUGCAUUCGGACACAUGGCGGGCCUUUACGUCACCAUCAAGGGCCUCCCCACAACCUACAACAAGGAUCUCCAAGAGUCCGUUGAGCCCCUCAUCGAUCACAUCAAGACGGUCAGUGACUCGAUUCAGAUCGCCACUGGCGUUUUGUCUACUCUCAGCAUCAACGCAGACAAGAUGCAUGCUGCAUUGGCUCCGGAGAUGCUGGCAACAGAAUUCGCAGACUACCUCGUCAGGAAGGGCGUGCCAUUCCGUGAGGGUCACCACAUCUCUGGCCGCGUGGUUGCACUGGCAGAGCAGGAGAACGUGCCCAUGGACAAGCUGAGUCUUGAACAGCUCAAGGGCAUCGAUUCCAGGCUUGGUGAUGAUGUUGUAGAAUGCUUAGACUACGAACGCGCAGUCGAGCUGAAGAAUGCCACUGGCGGUACAAGCAAGAGCGCUGUCAUGGAGCAGAUAGAUAUUCUGAAGCAGCUUCUUUAGGAGAAGGCUGUGCCAAUACCAAGAUAGACAAGAGCCGUGGCAUCCGCGGCAUUAUAACUAACGAGAUAUGAGACAUGGCAAUCAUACGA